AUGUCCCACGACCGCACUCUUCGUGUUCUCACCUUGCUCACAACCGCUCUCGCCACGCCAUUACUCAUUGGUGCCACGGUUUUAUCUCUGCAACCGGAGUCAUGGUACCGUCGUCGGGUAUCAGCUUUUUGCUUCGGCUACAUUCCUCUCGCUCUGACGGCUGCUGCAUCAGUCAUUGGCAUUGCCAGACACGGCAAAACACCUAAAAUCAGUAUCGCUCUGCUCGAUCUUGUCGCAGCAGUAACAUAUGUUGCAUUGCUGAUACCUAUCUGGUCUAUUGAAGUCCCACGCUUGAACCAGGGAGGAGUUGGCCUCUUGAUUGGCUACACUACCGCACCUAUGAUCGUCAACAUGUUCUUUCACAUCUACGCCUUCCUCCGGAACGUCAAGUUUGUCUGCAGCGCGCUUUUAGACAAGACUGAACAUGAAUGCCCGAAUUGCCGCAGCAGAUUUGUUGCAGGAGCGCCAGAAGUUCAGGAGACUAGCAAGGGUGGCGAGCGCUAUAGUCUGUUGCGCGGAGAGGAAUAUCUCGAUGAGGAUGCCGUGGCAUACGUCGAUGCAAGAGUGUCGGAGGAACAAGUCGGUGCUAAAGGCGCAGCGGAUAUUGAGGAAGACAAGGGUAAAGGGGCUAUCAAGCUGUAAGGGCCGUGAAUGGCAAGUGCGUGUGCUAGCCACGCACCAAAGAGUGUCAUGGCCGCGUAUGUUCUUGAGUGCAGCCUCUUGAUGGCCUUAGUCACGCGCUUCUGCCCCUAGGGAUGAUGUGGAUUUCAGCUGCUUAUGAGUAUUGUUACGGAACCAGGCGCUUCUUGACCUUCCAUUAACAUGAGGGUAGGCUUUGCGGGCAAAUCGUUUUACAUGGAGUUCAUGAAUCGCUUAUCAGUAUGAAAGCUACAUAACGAAGA